CACAUGCUGUACGAUGUGACAACACCGUCUUUGAAUAUAUAUUAGGUUGUCAAAAUAUAGAACAUUGUCACAAUCAUGAUGGGUUGAAAAUACUUUUAAACAAAAUUGUACUUAUGUGACAUGGAUAACAUGACCAGUUCAAUCAUUUUAACACCACUUCAUCAAUAAAGACAGACAAAGGUGAAGUAAACUUAAAGCAGUCAACAUGGCAGUUAAGCUGAGUAUAAAGGAAAUUUGGGACAUAUACAGUAGUGCUAGAAAACAUCCAAAUCAGGAACAGACAAAAAGCUUAGCCUUGGACACCUUCUUGGCACUUUGUUGUAAGGAGAUCGAAGAGAAUGGAGAUGUGCCUAUUAUUUAUGACAUGAAGACCAUUGUGAAUCAGUUGUGUAAUGAGUUUAUGAAUGAUAUUAUCAGAAUCACCAACAAAGCAGAAGAUGAUGGUGACCCUGCCACACUUGAAUCAUAUCUUGUUAAAGACAGAGGAUGGCAAUUACUGUAUGUGAUAUAUAAAAAUGGUAUUCAGGGGCUCACAGUUGGAAGAGAUUUCAGUAACUUAAUUGUAUCAUUGUUACCGUGGUGUCUGAAAUUUAAAACUAACUUCAAAGAUUUGAAAUUGGUGUCAGAAGAGGAAGUUCUUCCCUCUAUCAGCUCAUGCUUCUAUCACCUACAUAAAUCCAACAAAUGGAUGCAGUCUUGCCAAAGAAGGGAUAAAGUUGUUCCUAAAAGCAAGCAUAGAAAACCAAUUAAGAAGCCAGUAAACUAUAGACCAAAGAAACAAAGAAUAAUACCUGAGAAAGAGCUUGAAUCCACCAACUCUGAAGAGGAUACAUUAAAUGUUCCAGCUUCACCCCCUAAGUUUAAAAAAUCUAGAAAUAUAUUCAGGCAUAAUCCUUAUGUUAGCUUUGGUGGCAAAACUAUUCAGGAUGAAGAGAACAUCUCAGAGGAAGAAAACGAGGAAAUAGCAUUGAUUCUAUCUAGGAUUGAUGUAGAUAAAAAAGAAAUGAGCCCUCCAGAGAUCUCACAACUUAUACUAGACUUACUAUUAGAAAUUUGUUUGCAAGAUUUAAAUCAAAUAUCACCAUCUAAAGUUCUUUCACCCUCAGUCCUGCCACAUCUUACCCAUGUUUUAACAAGCUUUUAUCCAAAAUCAAAUAUUGACAAUGAAAAGAUCUUAGCCAGUGAAUGGACGAAAUCCAGUAAUAUUCACUUUCAGAGGAAACUUUUACGUGUUAUAUUAACAUUAUGUGGGGCCAUAGCGGUUCAACAGAAUGGAGUAAAUAUUAUUGCUGGUCAUAGGUGCUUACAAGAUUUAUUAGACAUUGCUCAACAGAUUUAUAACUUACAAAAUAUCAAGAAGGAAUUAUCAGCAGGAAAUCAUACAGAAGCAGAAAAUGGGAGUCAGAAUAAUUAUGAUUUAGAUCUUUGUUUUCUUACAGAAAUUGUUCUCAGUACCACUAUUUUGCUUGACAUAAUAUUCCAGUGUUUACCACUAAAUCUUGUUUUUAUCAGCAAUGCUGUCAAACUUGUCAGAGAUUUUAUAGAUGGAAAUGGUUUCAUAUUGCUUGACUUUGUCCUGUGUCAUUUGGACUGGUUGAGAACUCAGUCAUAUACACAUUCUGAUUGGUCUCAUUCUGAACCAAUCAGACUUAUUGAUUCAUUUUUGAAUACAUUGAAAUCAGUAAAAGUUAACUAUAUACAUUCAAUGAAGUGUCUGAAGAAUAAACACCAAAGAUGUGAAUUCAGUGUGUAUUUCAAUCACCAUCACAAUAUUCUAGGCAGUUCGUACACUGUUUUCCAAGAGAUGUCGUCUGAUGAAAAACAAAAUGCUGGAAAAUCAGAAGGUGUGUGCCUAAUAGCAUCAUGGUGCACUUUUCUUUUGGACAUUUUGUUUAAAUUAGAAUGUAAGCUAUCAAGAAUAGAAAUAUUGAAGACAUUAAGUUUGUCUGGUAUAUGCUGCUGUAUGAAUUUAGAAGUAGUAGUGAGUGGGGUGCUUAAAUGUUUGCCAAAAUUUUCACCUCCUGUACAAAACUUUGCUUUAGAAACUAUGAAUACUAUAAUACUUGAUAACUUUUCUGGAAGAAAAUUGAACCACAGUGUUUAUGUGCAGUCUAAAUCUCCACCUUUUGCCUGUAGUGUUUGCUUUGAUAGAGGAAGCUAUCAGACAAAUAAUGAAUCAGGAAAUUCCCAUCAUGCUGUUGACAGUGGAUUUUCUAGUCAUGGAAUGAAGAUUGAGAAGAAGUUCUCUGAUUUUGAAUUUUCAAAAUGGUCAGUUUGCAACAUGUACAAGGACAUCUUAUUUUCCCAAAAUCAGCAAUUAGCUGAAUUGACUUCAAAACAGUUAUUAAAUCUUGUUAUAAAUGGAACUGAAGAUUUGAAGGAGGAACUUUUCUUUAGAGUCUAUACAUUUACGUUUAGCUCAUUUUUAGGAACAUUAAGGUCCAAUUCACCGUGUUCAUCCGAGGAAGAACAAAACAAAAAUGUUGAAUUUUCCAAAAAAGUUAAGGUUCAUUGCUUGUCAGCUUUACCCAAUCUGCUUGAAGUCGAAUCAGUUUUAAAUGAAUUCUUAGAAAACAAAGGCAUUGGAAGAAUAUGUCAAUUGUUAGAGGAUGAAAGUUUGAGAAAUCCAGUUUUAAAAAUUUUUGAAGCAUUGGUGAUUUUAGAUCAAGGAAAGUUAACUGACAGUGAUAUUAUAUAUUCUCAAACAAGCACGUUUUCACAAGUCUUGCCAAAAAAUGGCCUAGUCAUGAAAGCAUUUAUUGGUGGUCUAGCGAGUAAGACAGCCAAGGAUACAUGUAUGGGUGAUGAAACAGUAGAUAUCAACGAUUUUGUUCAAAUGUUUGACUGCUGUGAUGUCCAAUUUUGCUGUCAAAAUUUUGCUCAUAUAAUGACAAGAAAUUUGCCUCUGCUUGUAGACAUGUGGGAAACAUGUGCCAGAAUUUGCCUUUAUAGCAAACGAUUUGUAUUUCACUUUCAAAACUCUCCAUGUCUAAAGAUAGCAGAGAAUGCCUUGUUAGUGAUUAUUAAGCAAUUACUGUGUUAUAACAAAUGUGAUUUACCUAAAGGAUCUGAGGACUCUGGACUAGAUCUCGACAUUAGUAAAGUCCCAACAAACUCAAGCAGUUGUUUUCUAAAACUGAUGUUGAUGAAAUCUCUACUGAUUAUAUGCAGUGCUUCAUAUAAAAGUCUUACUAAAAAGGAUGGACAAGAGAUUAGCAUGUGGUCACGGUUGAAAGAGGCAUUCCAGGGAUGCUCAAAACUCCCUCCAACCAAAGUCAAGACAGUUUGUGACAUCAUCUUGUCUUCUGCUAUGCCAAAGAAAACCACAGUGUUUGAUCACUCUAAACUGGAAAGCUUAAGUGAAUUGUUCAUUAAGGAUGAUGACAUUGAUGAUGAUGAGAUACGCCAGUACUUACAUACAACUAGUGAUGAAGACUAUGACUCUUUAAUGUUUGGCGAAGGUGGUUACUAUGGUGACACUGAAUGUGGAUCAGAUGACAAUGACAUUCAAUUAAAAUCAAUGGAGAAUGGAUAUGGAAUGGAGAUUUACCCGGCUGUUUUCAGGAUUCUGGUAGAAUUAAUGAUCAGAAUUCAGCAUGAAGAAAAUAUAACAGAUGUAUUAAGUCAAAUUCUUCAUAAGUUGUUACAGACAUUGAGAGCAAGUCACAAAGCAACACAGGCAGUUUGUCAUGAGGGACUGCUUGAGGACAUACUUACAGGAUUUUGGACAUUAUUGAUAGAAGACAAUGGAGGAACUUCAGUAAGGAAUUCUCUUCUGUCUCUUAUACAACUAUUGGCUCAGCACAGAGUUACUUCAACAGAACUGCAGAAAAUACUUCAGUUGUUUAAUUAUGCAAACAUACCUCAGGAAUUACUGUUAUCAACAUUUCUAUCGAUUGUUGAGAAUUCUAAGUCACAGCCACAUUACAGUGUAUUGUUUCCAUGUAAACGUACAUUUGAGGUGUCACCAAAGUCUGGGUUAGUUCAGUCAACACUUAGAAUAAAAGAUAGAAAACUGUCUAGUGGAUCAUAUUCUCCAUUCUUUGCCAGUAUAUCUCCUGCUAUGAUCACAUCCCCAGAUGUUACUGACACUGGUCUAGAUUUGUUUGAUACAACAAGUACACAAGAUGUCUGGGAUAUUGCAGCUAUGUUUAUUCCAAUAAAAGGGUUGCCAUGGCCACCAUUAGAGCAAGGGUUGACAGUUGCAUCAUGGGUAAAACUAUCUGAAGAUCAAGAAAACAUUGUAAAGAUUUCAAAGACAACUAGUGGCAAUCAUGUCUACUUUUCAAGUUCAGAAGUAUUUGGUUCUAAAGAGCACCUGUUUCAUGGCAAAUGUACCUUUGAAAUAUCAAAUUGUCUUCAUCUUGUAUCUAUUGGUAACACAGAGAAAAUGUUAGAAGUAUGGGUUCAUAGCAAAAGUGGUUACAUACUUGUAAGAUUGACCACAGAAUAUGGUGAAAGUGGUCACAUACUUAAAGAUGUAAUAUCAAAAGAAUGUCUUAUGAAAGGGCAUUGGCACCAUGUACUUGUCAGUUAUAAUGAGAAAGUUGAUGCCACUAAAACACACUCAAAGGAUGACAUUACUUACUUUGGAAAGGUAACACUUGUAAUAGACGGAUGGAGGUCACAAGAAAUAAAAUUAGAACAUCAACAUUCUGUGACUAGAAAACAGAUGGACAGAAUUCCUUUGUUGUGUAUUGGACAUGCAUGUACUGAUCCAGAACAAUCUAGUCAGACACUUACUCUUAGCUCCCUCAUGAUACUUGAAGGGAGAAGUCAUGGAAGUGAUGAAAUAUUCCAUUUGUAUGCUUUGGGUCCAAGUUGUGUUACAAUAAAUAAAUGUGAUAAUGUGAAUAUGGAUAUCAGUUAUGGGCCUUUACUUACAAAACAGAUGGAGCUUCACUCUAAGAUGCCAGCAGACAUUUUGGUUGGAUCAAAAAGGGUGGAUUUAGAUUCAUUAAGGUCAUCUUUGAUUUUGACAUACAACCCAAUGAUGCAUGACUUAGCCUGUUUCUAUAGAAACACAUCAUCACAAGAAAUGCAAAUUCUUGGUCCAAAUCUUGGUAUCCCUCAGCGUCAGGACAGCAGUAACCUGUUAAUCCAACAGCCAAUCACUGCUCAGUUAACAUGUCAGGCCAAGCUUGUGACUCACAGACAUCAUAGUCUAGAGAAAGCUUUAGAGGGAGCUGGUGGGAUGGAAGCAAUUUUGUUCCUUGUUGCCAAGGUUUUUGAACUAAACAAAUGUGACAACCAUCAGAAUGAUUCCUUACAUGAGCUGCUACAGGCCAAGUCUUUACAGAUCUUAUUUGCCUUAGUCAACUUUUCUACAUAUCAAUCAAAAGACUUCAUGAUCAUAAAUGGAAAUCAGCUUCUAAAUAGGGUACUGACCAGCUCAAAGGCUGUCCUAGGAUUUCACACAUUGAAGGUUUUGCUUGAUGCUGCAACAUCAGAAUCAAUGCUACGUUUUGAACCAGAUGGUACCUUAGUUAUGAGAAGGAAAUCAGAAGCCAUGAUUACAAACAUAUCAGUGAUUGUUGACCUUCUGCUGAACUGGAGGAUUUGGGAAGGAGCAGACGACAAUAUACUUGUGAUGAUAUUCCAUGUCUUAGCAUCAUUAGUUCGAGAUGAUCAUCCACAUCAAGCUUUUAACCUUAAACAGUUUCAUUCUAUAAACCUGAUCAGUAAGAUUUUUAAAAUAUACCAGGAAAAAAUUCAAGACAACAUGAAAGCCUACUCUGCUGAGAUUGCCCAGUCUGUCAUCAGUAUAUUACAAAGCAUGCUGGGAACACCACCUGACAUUCACAUAAUCAUGUCUAUAUGUGAUUUUCUAUUGUUUGUACAUCCUGCAACAAAUUCCUAUGUCAACCACACAAAAAACAGCUUCUGUUUUGUAACAUGGUGGAAUGAAAAGUCUCCCAGCAAAAGAAAAGACAGUAUAUUUGUGAAGCAUUCUCUGAAUAUAACAAGCACUCCUUAUGGUAAAAAGAUUGAAAAACUGACAUCAGAUGAAAAUACAGAUAUGAAGGCUAAAAGAACUUUGGAUUUGAGUACAGACAACACAAUUACUAAUCCUGAAGAUUCUAGUUGUCCAGGUUCUGAUAUAGAUAAUACUAUCCAGGCAACCAAGAGUGAUGAUCUAUCUAACGAAGAGGAAGUAAGGACUGAACCUAAAAAUUUGUCAGAAGAAAAUGAAGAAAUAAUAGAAACAGUAUCAGAUCUGGAAAAAUCAGAUAGUGGAAGCAAUAUGACUCAUACUUCUGAAGAAAACUAUAAACUAAUUGAAAGGAGACUGUCAGUUGGGUCCUCUGGUGAAAGGAGAUUUUCACUUGGCUCAUCUGAAGGGGGUUCACCUAGGGCUGAGAAGUUCACCAAAUUAUCUUUAUUAAAAAAGAUGGGAGCUUAUGCCUCAUCAGGUUCUCUGUCAAGAGAAAUGUCCACAGAUGAUGAGGAAGGAUUGUAUGCUCCUCGACCAGAGGUUGAUUUUGAUGAAGAUGAUGAUGAACUAGAAGCAGAAAAGGGACUGGUUGCUCUUUGUGUUGGUUUACUAGAAACUUUGACUAAUGUGAUGAUAACACUGCCAGACAACAAGAUCAGUAAUGUAUUUCAGAAGGUUAUCAAACCUGACAUAGCUUUAGUUCUGGCUCAUCAUAGUUCUCCUCAGAUUAGAACUGCUGUCAUACAGGUUAUUAAAGCCUAUUUAUUACGAGCUGGUGAAAAAUUGGUCGAAGAGUUUAUGCAAAAACAAAGUUUUCAUCUACUAGCAGUACAGCUACAUAAUUAUCCAUCACAUACAGAACAAAUAGAAGAAGUUGUUUCUUUUAUUCUUGGAAAACCGUUCACAUUUGAAAUGAGCUCUAUUACAAUUGAUGAGGAGCCCAAUGAACUACAACAAGCUGCUUUUGCUGUUUUCCUGUCCCUUAUAGAGAAUACUUACAGAGAUGUAGCCUUGUGUCAUAACACCCUGACUCUUGUAAUACAGAUGUUUGAGAAAAAUGAUAUGAUAAGUUCAUUGAUGUUAGACAACAGAAUAAUUGAAGUGAUUACAAAUCUAGUGGCUAGAAUUAACAGUAUUACAACAAGAUUUACAGAUAUGGAAGGUAUUGAUGAAUACCAACUGAUUCUUGAGGAUAUACAGAUGUUAUUGUGUAAAAUUGCUAUCAGAGAGUUCAGGUGUUCAGGAAAUACCCAUAUACAGCAAUGUGAAGAAAUUUUAGACUUAUUAAAGUUGUUAGAACAUGUUGAAGAAAUUGUAUAUGGUAAGAACUCCAAACAGACAGAAACUGUGAAGGCUCUUCAGUUUGUUGUUGUUUUGUGUGUGUUGACAUUUGUUGAGAGUGAGAGUCAGGAAGGAACUAUUAAUGUUAAAUCUAAACCAUACAAAAGAACAACCAGUACUUAUGGCAGCAAAAUUACCAUGCUUUUCCCAUCCACCUCAAUCCGACCAUACAAACCCACUCCUACUUUCCAAAACCAAGGUACCAACAAAGUGACUACUUUUGUAGAUCAGCCAUUUGAAGACAGUAGGGAUAAAAAAUUUCACAUCUCACAGAAACCAAAUCUGGUUAGCAGGGCAUUUUCUGUAGACAGCAAACCAGCAGGAAUAUUAGGGACUAUUUUAGGACUUGGGAAGAAGAAAAGAAAUGAGUUCAUACCAUUUUCUCAGUCUGAGUUUAUCGAUAGACUAAAAAAAUGGGUGGUGAUAUCUGUUGACCUGAUUGUUUUAUCAAAACUUGAAGAAAUAAAGAAAACACCAGGCAAAAAGAAACUGAAUUUAUUGGAAAAACCUGAGCCUGUAACCAUAGAAACAAAAUACAUUCGACGGUUAUUUGAGUUUCUUUACCGAGCAUUAGAAGUUACAUUGUCUCAGGACAGGAUAUUACCUAGAAAAGAGAAGAACUUGAUAAUGUGGGGAGCUAAAGAUAUUGUACGAGUUCAGAUUGGUCGUUUGAUUACGUUUAUGUUAUCACCAAGAUGUCAGUUUGAUGACAGAACAUUCUUGUUAUCUUAUGUCCAAGGAGAACUUAGGGGCAGAGAAAUACUCAGGACUGUGUUGUCAACAAACUCGGAAGUGGGAACAGAAAUGGGUUUCCACAUCUAUGACUUGUGUACUUCAUGGAAAGAUUGGUUAAUCAGUCAACAGAGAGAUUAUGCUCUCCAGUUCCUCAAUAUUCUCAAAUCAGAGAAAUUUACAGUAUUCUCACCUAGUUCUGUUCUUACAGAAACCCAGAUUGUACAGCUGAAUGAUGAGAGACGUUUAAUGGCAUCAAAAUUAGAACAAGGGAGGGAAAACUUAAGAAAGAAGAAGAAACCAAUAUAUGAUAGAUUAAAAACAAAAAAUGAAAAGUUAUAUCAAGUAUUGUCAAAGCAGGCCAUGGAUGUCACACAGAAUGUCACCCAGUUACAAACUCAUGAAAGAAACAAAAUGAUUGAGCAUGUCAAGAAAAAGAUGACAGAAAAAAUACAGAUAAAGAAAAUGUGGCAGGAACUUGUACAGAAUCUCACGCAUGAAAGGGCAGUAUGGCAUUGCCAAAAGUCUUAUCCAAAAUCAUGGCAGUUAGAUCCAACAGAAGGUCCUGGUCGUGUUAGAAAGAGAUUAAAGAGAUGUCAUCUUGGACUGAACUCAAGAUUUCUACUGACUCAACAUAAAGAGAAAUUAGAAGAAAGUACCAUAACUGAGGCAGAGAAUAUUGACCCACCAUUGAUUUAUUUGUUUGAAGAUGACCAUCAGAUGUCUGACUCAGCAGCACUUAUAUAUCAGCUCUAUAGGAAUGAAAAAAUACAACACACCUGUAAAUGUACAGCAGUUGCCCCUAACAGCCAAAGUAAAGGAGAAUUGCUUGUAGGUGAGAACUCUGUGUUUUUUGUUGCUGAUGAAGCCAUUACUGAUGCAAACUACACACAAGUGUUGCUAGGCAACAAAGAUCAGUUAUCCAUGACUUGGCCUUAUGAUGAAAUUCGAGAGAUUCAUAAACGAUGGUACCAGUUGAGGGACAGUGCACUUGAAAUAUUUCAUACCAAUGGGAAAACUUGUUUACUUGCAUGUGAACACAAACAGGAUAGAGAUGAUCUUUAUGAGAGGUUUAUGAAGUUUGAGUUAUCUAACUAUGUACAGACAGAGAACAUUGAGGAUAUAACAAGAAUGUGGAAGGACAGCUUGAUGACAAACUAUGAUUACCUUACACACCUAAACAAGUUAGCUGGAAGAUCAUUUAAUGAUUUAAUGCAGUAUCCUGUAUUUCCAUUCAUUCUCAAAGAUUAUGUUAGUGAAAAACUAGAUUUACUUAAAGCUGACUCUUAUAGAAAUUUUUCAAAGCCAAUAUCUGUACAAGAUGAAAGCAAAGAGAAGAAAUAUAAAGAUAAUUAUGAGGCAUUAAAGGCAGAGUUUGAGAGAUAUGAGGAUCAGUCUACUAUAGGAGUUGGACCAUACCAUUAUGGCAGCCAUUAUUCCAACAGUGGGAUUGUAUUACACUUUCUUGUUAGACUACCUCCAUACACCAAAAUGUUUGUCAGUUACCAAGAUAAUAACUUUGAUAUACCAGAUAGAACAUUUCAUAACAUGGAGACGUGUUGGAGAUUAGCUAGCUCUCAGUCCACAACAGACUUUAAAGAAAUGAUCCCUGAAUUCUUCUUUUUUCCAGAGUUUCUCAGGAAUUUUGAAGGUUUUGAUUUUGGUAAAAGACAGAACAAUGAAGAUGUAUCAGAUGUUACUUUACCAGCAUGGUGUAAAAAUAAUCCACGAUUGUUUAUAAUAAUUCUACGUCAGGCCUUGGAAGCAGAUUACGUCAGACAAAACCUCCAUAACUGGAUAGAUCUAGUGUUUGGCUAUAAACAACAAGGAGAGGCAGCAAUAAAGGCUGUUAAUGUAUUUCAUCCAGCUACAUACUUUGGUAUAAAUGUAGACGGUGUCCAAGAUAGACUGAAGAGACAGGCCUUAAAGACCAUGGUCAAUACAUACGGUCAGACACCUAAACAACUGUUUAGACAUCCACAUCCACCAGGAAGUUUUGUUAGAGAGAGUAUGUCCAAAGUGAUUUCACAGUUAGUACAACAGUCAUAUAGUGUCAGUGUUGAGAAGGAUUUUGAUCAUGGCUUUGUCUAUGUACCUAGUCCAUUAGAAACAGUAGAAGGUUUGAAGUGGGGUAAUUACAUUGGCUCUCCAGCCAAUCCACCACCAAAAGUAGUAUGGCAGGAAAAGUAUUCACAGGUAGUUGCCUCCCUUUUACCACUUCCUACUGGUGAUGUCAUUGGUGUAGGUGUUGAUACCUGUUGUCUUACAAUGCACAGCAAACAGAAAGGAUCCACCUUGUACAACACAACAGAUGUAGUAUGGGCAGCCAUAGUCACAUGGAAAUUUCCAGAUGGUAUAAUUAGAAUAAAUAACAAACCUGAACAACCUUACCUUAAUCUCAUACAACAUAGUCCUUAUGAUCAGGUUACCUAUAUAGCUGCUAUAGCGGAUUGUCCACAUCUGUUUGUUGGUUGUGAAAGUGGAUCUAUUACAGUUUAUCAGACUGUCUUCAACCAAGCCAAGACAAGUGACAUACAGAUUAAAGGAGUAAAACAUGUGUUAUAUGGUCACACUAAAAGGAUUACACAGAUAGUCAUAUGUAAGGCAUACAGUAUAUUUGUUAGUGCCAGUGAAGAUAGAACUUGUAUCAUAUGGGACUUAAAUAGAUUAAGUUAUGUGAGGUCAAUUGAAGGUCACAGACAAGGAGUAGAUGUUGUUGCCAUCAGUCCAACUGCCGGGGAUAUAGCUUCAGCUAGUAGACAAGGACUUGGAAGUUGUUUACUACUACACAGUAUAAAUGGUGAAUACAUAGAUAUUUACACAUCUCAGGACCAUGUGAUCAACUGCCUGGCUUUUUCUACAGCACCAGAAGGACAGUCUAUUAAUGUGAUAGCAGGAGGUCUAGAUAAUGGUGUAAUCAGGAUAUGGAGUACAGUUGAUUUAAGACAUCUCCGAGAUCUACAAACUGAGAAUCUCAUGUUAAAACCAGUUAUGAGUGUUGUGUUUACGUAUGAUUCACAUCGUUUGUAUUCUACACUAUCAGAUGGAACUGUUGCAUUGUGGGAAUCACCAUCCUCAAGCAAACAACUGUUACCGCACAAAUUUGUAGCAUUUCUGUAAUAUUGAUAACCAUUAGAAAGUGACAGCAAAAGGGUUUAAUGAUAUAACAAUUUCAAGUGACUUACCAGUAUAUACAUUAAUAAAAUACAUACAAAUAUUGAUCUAUAAGAUGUGAAUAUUUAUGAUUUUAAUGAUGAGUUGUUUAUUUAUUUUUUUAAAUGCCUUUGUUUUAAAGUGAAAUAUUCUUCCAUUCUAAGUGAUAUGUACUACACAGUACACUAAAUAUUUGUGUAUUUUGAUAUAUACUUUUAUUUUGGCUUAUGAAAUAAGCUUUUUGUUUGUACAAAUAUUUAUAAUGUUUAUAAGUGUGUGCUACUAAAUAUGUUUCUGUAUAUUUCUACCAAGUAACAAUUUGGAAUUUGAUGACUGUAUGUCAGAGCUAAAAGGAGGCUGGUGGAGAGAGCCUUUGAUACAUUCUUUUUUUCAUUAGUCUUAUUUAUUAGAAGUUGCAACCAGGGCUUUCAUUGUAAAUAUUGUAUGACGACAUAUAUGCAUGCUUAUAUGUUUAGUUGAUUUUUUUUCUAUUUUUGGAAAAGAGUUAUAUGGUAUUAUUAAGUUAGGCAUAAAAAUUGAAAAUAAAGAAAAUAUCUAAUUAUUGCUAAGUAUUUGUAUUUUUCAAUACUUAUCUUCAUUAGUUACAUUUUCAGUUUCUAUGAGAAAUUAAUUACAUAUUUUAUCUUUGACUACAUUUAAAACAUUUACAUUUAUAGUCUCAUAAUACAAUGUAUAUACAUAUGUUCUGCUUUGCUGUAAACUGGUUAUUUUUUUGUGUUGCAUAUAUUUCUAUAUUUAUGAAGAAUUUCAGCAAAGAAAUCAACUUUUUUAUGAAUAACUGUAAAUAUUUUAUCAAGACUACUUUAAAAGUAAAUCUUUAAAAUGUACAAGAAAAAAUUGUAUGUAUACAUGCAUAUGUAAGGCAGCAUUUUCUGACAUGUAAAUAUAUUAAACAUAUGAUCCCCUAUAUGCUAAAUUUUAUUUUUUAUCUUCUUUUGCUAUAUAUCUAUAUAAACAUUGCUCUGUCUAACUCACUUCUGUUUUUUUUAAAGAUUUUUAAAUAUUGAAAAAGAUGCUUUUUAGAAGUUUCAGAUAUAAUUAUUGUAUGCUUCUAUAAUCUUGAUUUUAUUAUAUUAGCAUGGGAACAAUAAAAUCUGAGAUAUAUAUUUUUCAUGAUAUUGUGAUAACUAAUGAAAUUAGUCAAGGAUGAUUUAAUAUGUGAAAUAAAGGCUUGUCUUAAUCCACAAGGGCAAUUACAGUCCUUUUUGCAUAUGCUCAAUAUUGCACAUUUAUAAAUAUGUGUCUAUAAAUUAAACAGUUUUUGUAUUUUUUAAAGAAUAAUAAUAAACAAAAUUGCCAUCUUUCAAUAUUAAAAUCUCUAUGAAUAUUUCGAGUAUUUAAAAAAACGUUUUUGUUGGGAUAUUUCACAUAUACAUAACUAUUUUCCCUGAUUUUGUAAUGCUUUUAUUUCUAUGAAAUAUAUGACGGAUUUCAUGCCUUUCAAACAGAUUAAGGUUGGUGUAUAUGUGAUAUAAAUUAGUCUUUACUUAACUCUAGCAAUGGGAAAAAAAAUAGCAGUGCAAUCUGUAGCCUAAAAGUCAGCUGUUUUAAAACUUCAGGAGUUUUUAAUGGUCAUUUUAAAGUAAACUCAUACUUUUCAUAAAGAUGAAAAACUUUGAUAAAGCUUUGAUUUCUACAUUUAUCAAAUACUGUGGAUUCACUUAUAUUCGUAGAUACCUAUUUUCGUAGAUUGAGGGAAAAUUUUUUUGUGUAAAUUUGAUUUGGUGGUUUUGCCAAAGUCUACAUAUAUGCCAAUAGCAUAUUUAUACUUUGUUAAACAUUUAAAGGGUAACCUAUACCCAUGAACGCAAAGAAAAUUGGCAUCUGAUGUAUAAUAAUGGAUCCACAGUAUUUCAUUUAAUUUUUAUUUUAAAAAGCAUACUACAAAUAGUUAAAUUGUUUAGUUAAGGGAAAUCCUUUAUUUCCCCAAUUUGACAAUGAGUGAAUAAAAAAGUAUUUAUUAUUUAAUAUAAUAUAUUGCAAGAAUUAUGUUAUAUAAUAAUAUAGGUGUUUGUUAAGCACAGAAAUUAAACUUCUUUAAAAGAAAUAUUUGUGUGUGUCACCUGCUUAGAGUGUUUUAACUCUGCCUUGUAUUCUUGAUUUAAGAUAAUGGAAAGCUACAGGUAACUAUUGAACUAAUGAAUUUUAAGACAUGGUCAUCUGUAAAUGAACUAAUAGGACAGAAAAUUAAUGUCUCAACAAUAUUGUAUUUAUGAGUAAUUGUAAUAUUCCAAGAAACUAUGAAGAAAUUGAUCAUUGAAAACCACUCCAUCAGUUGUGUGCCAUAUUUGUUAAAAAAAUCAUUGUUUUCUGUUAUAUUUGAGUAAUAAUUCCAUUAAAAAUAAGAUUGCUGAA